AGAAAAAUAAUAUUGGUAUGGAGAGAGUAGAAUAUCUUCUGCACUCUUGUGUCGCUCAAGCUAAAUGGCAUUUAGAACAAUACAAGAAAUUUAAUUAUUAUGCGACAUAUUAUCGUUGUUUGUAUGAGUCGUAUUCGAGUAAUUGGCAGGGAGAAAGGUCGAGACGAAAUACAGAUGUCGAUGCGGUGGAUUGGAAUGAAGCCUACACAAAUGUUGCUGGUAAUUGUAAUUAUGAAAUGACAAAUAUUUUACCAGAAAAAAAGAAGAAGAAAAGAAAAAAGAAACGAAAAAGUUAUGGAGAAAAAAUGGAAAGUGACGAUGAAAAUAACGAGUUUGAGAUGGAUGAAAGUUUCAAGGAGUUUCUUCUAAAAUCAGCUGAACAUAGGAAACAAAGGGAUGCAGCAAAAGCGAAACAAGUUGACGAGAAAGGUGAUGAUGUCAGCAUGGAAUGCGUUGAAUAUGUUGAUGUUUUGCGAAAAGGUCCAGAAGGAACUGUUCUACCUCCCACAGCAUUUAAUAGAAAACAAUUGUACGAAGAAAAGUAUGGCGCAAAAGGAACGACAAUACUGAGCUUGGAAACAGCUUUGCAAUGGAAGUACAACAAAUUUAUUGAUAGUAUGCCAACAUCUCCGUGGCCAGCAUUACCAUUAAGGUUUAAGUAAACACGUGUGGAACGUUUUAAUUUGUGUGUGUAUUUUUGUAUAUAAAAAUUUAAAAAGCGACAUGUUAACCAUAUCGUAAUCUAUCA